CCGCGCCGAGCACUCCGAUCCGCGCGCGACGCCGAGCUCCCAGUGUGUUUUUACUCGGGGUUGAGUAAACUCCGGCCUGUUGUGUAUCAUAAUACCGUGGCGUGCACACGCGGGUGCUAACGGGGUUAGCGUGCGUCCUCGCGCUAGCGGCCGAGUCGCACUGUUCAACUGAAUGCACCUUCGCCUCCUGCCUUCACCGCGGCCUCGCACACCCGUCCGUCUUCCGUGUCUAAGACGAGAUUCCCGUGAUACGGUCAACAAAAUACUAUCACGGAGCAGCGGGGCUUGCCGCCGCAGACUCCAUAAGCGACCACGCGCUCUUUUUCCGGAUACCUCUGUGAUCGCUCAUUAGAGAUCGAUCGAUCGCGUAUCCAAGACACUUUGGAUUGCGUGCGCGCUUCGCGGUGAUAUGCUAGUGACAGCGAUCCAAGUGCUCCAACCGACGAAUGAGUGAUAGUGCGAACGUGAAUUUAAUCGCAGCAACCGUUUGCGAAAAUAACGCCCGAUUCAAUAAUUAAAGACAAUUGUAUAUCGAUAAAGAAUAUUUAAUAGCUGCGAAAUAAGUGAGAAGAAUACAAGUGGGAUCGAUAGACCACACAAAGAAGAUUUAAUAACGAUGCAGAAUAAACGUAGAAAUAUAAUUUCAAAAAAUAGCGACACUCUCCUAGGAUAUAAAUUUUAACCUUCAAGGAACAUAUGUAUUCUUUUAUAUUUUUUAAAAGCUAAUAUAUAAAUUCUAUUUGAAGUGAAUUGUGAAGAGAAAUUACAAAAGUGGCUUAUAAUUAAAAGACAAGAAAAUAUAUGAAAGGACAGAACAAGAAAUUUCAAGGAAAAAUUACUCACAUGAAAAGUGAUGUGGAUAAUGGAAUAGAAAAUAUAAAAGACUGCGUGAAACUAAAUUUUAAAUUUUAAAUACAAGUGUCACUUCUCAAUAUAACGAAAAAAAAAAAAACGACACUCUGAUAUCCGUGAAGAAUAACCAAUUGUGCGAAUCAGAACAUUCGGAAAACAAUUUCGAGAAACAUGUGCGUGUAGAGGAAUAGUAACGUUAUAGUAGAAAGAACAAUUAUAUAAUUCCUUUACUCCGAUCGGAGCGAAGUGUUUCGAUCGCGAUCAUCGUCCGUGGAUCGUACCGAGAGCGGGUGCGCGAAGAUGCACACGCUCUUUAGCGAGCAGAAUGCGUACUAUCGGCACGCGACGGUGCCGAUGGGCAUGGGCGCGCCGUCGUACCCGGCGGUGGGUGCUCCCGGGAGUUACUACGAGCAGUAUCGAUACGGCGGUUACGCGACGCCUACGGGAUACCCGGUGUCGGGUAUCGGCCAGCAGCACAUCCAUCACGCCGGCAAGGACAUGGUAAAGCCACCGUACUCGUACAUCGCGCUGAUCGCAAUGGCCAUCCAGAAUGCGCCCGACAAGAAGAUUACGCUGAACGGCAUCUACCAGUUCAUUAUGGAUCGUUUCCCGUAUUAUCGUGAGAACAAGCAGGGCUGGCAGAAUUCUAUCCGGCACAAUCUUAGCCUGAACGAGUGCUUUGUAAAAGUGCCGCGGGAUGAUAAAAAACCCGGUAAAGGGAGUUACUGGUCCCUAGACCCGGAUAGCUACAACAUGUUUGACAACGGUUCUUAUCUGAGACGUCGUAGACGUUUCAAGAAGAAGGACGCGCUGAAGGAAAAGGAAGAGGCGAUGAAACGGCAAGGCAUCCUGCCGGAGAAACGUCAAGAGGACAGCAAAUCCGGCAGCAACCAAGUGACGUUGUCGUCGCCGUCGGACGCUCCGACGAAGAAGCUGAGCGCUCUGGAGGCUGCCACCGGUCUGUGCAAGCCCAAGCGGGAACCGACGAACGAUAACCAUUGCAUGGCGGCGGCAACGGCCGCGGCUGUGGCGGUUCAAGCGAGCAAAUACGGCCUGCACAGUCCGAUACAGGAGGACAAGACGACGACGGCGACCGUCGCGGUGCCUGGGCAGAGCGUGAUCCAGACCGCUCUAGGUCAUCAGGUGCACCAAGCGCACCAGGUGCACCAGGAGUCGAUUCAGGACGUGUCGAUGGCCGGCUUGGACCCGACCAGCUUCAGCGUCGACGCGCUAAUGACGACACGAGAGAACAGCGCCGGCUUGAUGACGCGCGACAACCAGCAUCACUCGCACCAUCCGCACGCACUCCAGCAUCCGCACUCGAUCAUGAGCAGCAGGGAGUCUAUGGGUAGCGGCAGCAGGGACCUAUCGUCCGCAGGCACCACCACGACCACCACGACGGCCGCGGUGGCGGCGAUGAUGGCCACCAGCGGCUACGGACACACCAGCACCGUUUCCAGGGGCAACGCCUCGCCACCCGGCACCAUGUACACACCGUACUGCGCACCGGCGGCCGCCGGAUACGCCAUCAUGGACCACGAAUACAACACGGCGCGGAAUCACGCGAGCAACGCCGUCGGCCACUCGCAAUGGUAUCAGGACGCUAGUCCCGACACAGCGAUCUAUCAGGAUACUCAGUCCCCGAGCUGCCAGCUAUACAGGUCCAGCCCGCCGACGCCGCUUUCGACGGGCGCGGCGCCGUCUCCGCCGCUGUACCACAGAUAUUACCAAGACUGUAAUGCCGUCAACACCAGCGGCAAUCUGCCGAUAACGUUGCAGAAGUACUGAGAAUAUCGGAAUUCAAGGUCCCACCAGCGGAACCUUGAAGAGCACCACGGCGAUCACUACGAUCCGGGCUUGAUUUACGUGAAGCAAGAGUGGAUACCCACGACGGACGAGCUCGCCAAGGAAUGGAACUAGAAGGGCCGUAACGAGCUCUGGUAAAAGUCGUAAAUCUAGUUUUCCGUAUCGGAUCGUAUCGCGUAAAAUCGUUAAUAAGCACAUAGGCGAUUAGCUAAUGUGAAAAUUAGCAUAAUAAAUCGUGAAUGUCUCGUCGUUGUUAAGCGACGAGCAAUCCUCGGAGGCGCUGGAACCUCUAACGAUUUUUAUUGAAAUCCCUUCGUGGAAGUAACGUUAAACGGACGCGCUGGUACUGGUAUUCUUCAUUAUUCUGCAUCAUUGUAACAUUUGUAACAUUCGUCAUUUAAUUCGCAUUCGCGAAAGACAUUUACGGUAGAUUUUUGUAAAUGUCAACAAAUGCAUCGAAUAAGAUUAGAAAAAUUUGAUUCAAAGAGAGAAAAUUUGCUUCAAAGAUCAUAAAUCCCAGAAUAAUUGAAAUCCAUCCCAGCAUGAUGCUGGGAUAAUGUACAUUAAAAGGUAUGCGUACGAGAGAGCAAACGAAUUUAAAAAAAAAUAAAAAAAAAAUAUUAAAUUUCGAAAUACGCGAUUAUAAAAGAUAAAGAAGAUUAACGACGGGCAGGACGCAGAAAUCAGUGCGCGAAGAGGAAGAAAUUCGUACAAAAUCAAUUGACUAUUUGAUGAUUUUAUUACAUGAUUUAUUAAAUGAGUAUUUUAAUCUAAAUUGAAAUUUUCCUCAACGAAAUAAAAGGGGGGAAAAAAAACACAGCUCCGAUCACAUACGUACGUAAUUUUAAUCAAAACUAUUCCCAGUCCAAUUGUAAUCCAUGAAUUUCCUCGUCUUCGCACUCUGAAAGAGGAUUCGCUGUUUUCGACAGCAUUGUGAUCUCUGUAAUCGCACGAGGCGGUUCUCCGUAUUUCAUGAGAAGUCGUUUAAUGAAUGGCACGCGAGUGAAUGUCCGGGACAAGGAAACAACUGCGAAUUUCAGCAUAAUCACUCCCAUUUACGCAAACAUCGCGAGACCGGUCGCCGACCUCUACCUGUGACGAACUUCUUUUUUUUCGCGCAAACCAUCUGUGCAAACCGCCGUAAAUCGCGCGAGACACGCGAAAAUAUCGGGGCGUCUCCGCCGGAUCGUUCGCAUCGACAGAUAGCGAUGAGGACGAGUCAGAUGCCACAUCUUCGCUCGCGAUCUUUCGCAUAACGCGCAUCACGGCGUCGAAUCACGUUAUCCCGAUAGUCCGCGAGCGCGACCGCCGCGCGUUUGUACGCGUUUCCGCUCCUUCCGCCAGGAUGCCCUUGGAACGGCUUGAAAAAGUCAUUGUUUGCUUUGCACGGCGCGUUUUUGCAUCGAGUAUUUCCCGAUCCCUCGAAAUGCCCGGUUUUUUUUUUUUUCGCACUGUCGCCGUGAUUAUUUCCGAACGAGUGGUCCCACAAUUUUCGCAUUUAAUGCGACGCUAUAUCGUCGAAUACGUAGUAAAUAAACGAGUCACGCGAGCAGCUUCGGGGAGUGAACGGGUAUAUAUCGAUAGGUUGUUUUAUUGUAAAUAGGGACUAACGUUUUAAUAUUUUAGAAUGGCGAAUCCGCUGAAUUACCCCUAUUAACGCUUAAUAGCGACCUAUCACUACUUGUAGCGAAUUACUUCGGCAAUAUGCAAUAUAACUUUUGAUAUUUAUUUACAUCCGCUUUCACGAAAAUGUGCUUACGAUUGAUUGCAAAUUAAGAUAGACCGGCAGCGGUGAAAUUUUUAACGCAAACAUUUUAAUUGACGGAAACGCGAAAGGUGAUAAUUAUUCGCGAUUUCAAGCGUCCCGAUAGAGAUGCGAAAUUAGCAUAACAAUGUGUAUAGCAUGCCGAGAAAAGUUGACUGUGUCUUCUAAGUUUUCGAUGUUGACGAUGAAAAUUUAUUGCGCUUUAGUCUUCACCUGCAAAGGAAUGUUUGAAGCUGUCACGACGACGGAAGGCGAUAAGAAGUAUUGUAAAUAGAAUAAUAGCUUUAGCGAUUAGUGAAACAUUGUAAUUUCUUCGCAAAAA